AUGGAUCCCAGCUCGGGACACCAUCCAGAGCCGCAGCUUCUCUUCAUGAACGAUCGGGGUCUUGUCAGCGGCCUGCCACUGCUGCACCCGGCACCGGGCCUGGCCAACGGGCUGCUGCCCCUCCCCGCGAUUCCAACCAUGCUUACUUCGCAGCCCCAGGCCACUCUGCCACUGCAAGCUCAGCACUUCCCGCAACACCACCACCACCACCACCACCAGCCGCAGCUGCAGCCGCAGCCGCAGCCGCACCAGCAACAGCAACUGGCCCUGACGCACACCUACAAUCUGGACAUCAUCAACGAGCAGCCCCUCGAGUCGGUAGUUCAGCUGACAGAUGAUGACAUCUGGAAUGGCCUUCGCCGAUCCUGGGACCCGAGCCACACCCUCCUGGCCCUCGGGAUUCUGGCGGAACUGCGCUCUGUCAUGCGUUCCGGUCGUGAGCGCAUCGAGAGCGUCCUCUUUAACUUCGACAAAGUCCAGGACCAAGUCCUCCGCUCGGGAUACCGCGCCCUGCAGGUUGAGGGAGGCGGCGGCACCACCCCGGCGGCCGCCGGGGCCACGCCAGCGGACUCCAGCGAGGCCAAGAUCCCCAUCGGGAUGUAUUACCAGAAUUUGGCAGUCUUCGCGGCGGAUCUCCACAUCCGCCUGAGCUCGCUGCUCAUCCAGUCCUUCUCCUCCUCGGCCGCCCUCAUCGGGAGCCCGUUCUGCUCGCUUGCCGACAACCCGGCGGCCGCCGUCGUGGAGGCCGGGCAUGCGGCCUUCCGCCUUGCUGCUGGCGCCGCCGAGGCAGCCCACCAGUCCGGUCUCGACCGGAGCUGCCAAGUGAUGCUGACCUUCGCGCGCCACGCCUUCUGCGCGGCUCUCCCCCCGGGCCAGGGCGACAUUGUCUGGGCCCUGGGCCAGGCCCUGUGCGAGCGGUACUUGGCCCUGCGCCUUGGCAAGGCCUCGGGCAGCGGAUCCGGCGUUGGGGGUGCCACCAUCACCACCACCAUCAGCAGCAGCAGCAGCAGCAGCAGCAGCAGCAGCAGCAGUAGCAGCAGUGGCAGCAGUGGCACUGGCCUCGCGGUUGUGGAUGCCUGCCGCACGCGCGACAUCUCCCCCUCAGAAAGUCUGAAACUGGAGCAGGACCUUCGAGCCGGAGGCAGUGCCCUGCAUGGGCGCCGGUGCCCGGCAUCAGCCGCGGCCGCGGCCGCCGGCGAGUCCAGCCCCCCGCUUGCCGAGCUGAAUGCCACCCUCAAGCUCCUGGACCGGGAGGCCCUCCGGCGCCUGGGCCUGGGACAAACCUGCCCGAACUUCUUCUCCGAGGGCUCUUACGACCCGUACCACCGGCUUCUCCCCGGCGCGGGGGGGCCGGCCUCGGCCGGCGGCACAAUGGCCGCCGCCGUCGUCGCCGGCCAUGGCAGCCUCCACAGCAGCAUGGCCCCCGGCGGGGGGGGCCACUUCCACCACGCCGCCUACCAUGCCCCCCACCACCACCACCACCACCACCCCCACGCCCACCAGCUCCACCCACCGCACCAUGACCACCAGACCCUGGCCGAAUGCUACGCCCGCUUCGCCGGGACCAUCGUCGCCGCCGCCGCCGCCGGCCGGACAGCCUCCCCAUCCCCUGGCAGCAAGCUUGCUGGCUUGGCCGAUCCCGGCCGCGUGGUGGGCCUCCGGCGCCUGGCCUUCGACUUCGGGGACUUUGAGAGCCAAUGCUUCCAUGACACUUUUAAACGUGCCGCCGGCGGGUCGCUCUCCGUCAAGCGGCGGAACUCCGGCGAAGCGGCGCCCCCCGAGAAGCUGGCCAAGUCCCGGCGUCUUUCGGUCGUUCCCCCGGGCGGCGGCGGUGCCGGGUCUGGUGGACCGUCCGGCGGAGGGGGCGCCACCUCCACCGCGGACCCGGAGGACUUCUCCCAUGACGAGCCGAACUCCAUUGGCGAGACCCUGUCGGUGGAGUUCUACUCCAGCGACGCGCUCGAGGCCACGGACUACCUGGGCUCCUCGCAUGAGGACUCCCCCGACAAGAACAAGGCAGGUGUGGCCGGCGGAACGACGUCUUCCUCCAACCGCGGGCCGGUGGUGGGGAUCGUUGCCGGCAUCCGCCACCCGGAGGACCACGGCCGGCCUCUGAUCAAGUGGAACUUCCUGGACACCUAUAGACUGAUCGAGGGCGCGACAAAGCUCGGUACCAGCAGCUGGCAGCGCAUCUUCGACUCGCCGGAGUUCGGCUUCGCCCACCGGUCCAACCCGCCCUUCGCAGUGAGCAUGCUGCGUGACCGGUGGAAGACCCUGCACAAGCGCUUCCUGCCCGACUCGUCCGAGGGCGGCGGCGGGCCGCCGAGCCUCGACGAGAUGGACGCCGCUCGGGCGGUCGGCCUCGACGGCGACGGGGCCGACUACAUGGCGUGGAUUAAGAUCCGCCGGGAGCGCCGCCGGCGCCUGGUGGUUCUGCUGCUGAUGGCCGGCAUCCAGGUCCCCUCGGAGUGUGAGACCUCGCGGCACUCGACGCGCCGGGCGCGCGGGGGCGGGGGGUCGGGUGCGGCCGCGGCCGCGGCCGCCGCCGCCGCCCGCCGCAGCGUGGCCAUCUCCACCGACGCCGAAGCACACACGCUCCUGCGGGUGGCUCGGCUAUAUGCCUCGGAGACGCGCCUCGAACGGACCAAGCACCUGGCGGCGGCCGUCAGCGCCGGGGCGGACCUCGGUCGGCCGGUGACCAUCGCCGUGCGCAUGGCCUUCGAGGAGCGCGUGCUUGAGAUGUCGGCCGCCUGUGUGCCGCUCUCGGGCGUGGUCGGCGGCUACUCCGGGGCCGGGGUGGUGGUUGGGGUUUCCGGCGCCGCGGCCGCCGCCGCGUCCAACAUCAACUCCCAGCUCCUGUCCCGCGCCAACGAGCUGAUCAAUGUCAUUCAGUCGGCCCUGCCGCGGGGGAUCGCCGGUGCGGCCGGUGGUGGGCUCGGCAACGCCGGGCAUGAGCACUUGCCGCCCGGCGGCGGGUCGGCCCUGAUGCUGCCCCCCGUCGGCAUGGUGGGCUCCGGUGGCGGUGCCCUGCACUCGUCACCCCUCAGCGGGGGCGGCAUGGCCUUUGCCACGCCGGUGCCCCUGGCCCCUGGCGGGGGGCACUUCCCCGCAGGCUCGGCCUCUCCGUACAGCACCGGCGCCGGCGGGGCGCCGGCCGUAGGCGUGUCAGCGUCCUCUGCUGCUGCUGCCGCCGCCGCUGCCGCCGCCGCCGCUGCUGUUGCGAAUCAGCAGCUCAGUAAUUUUGACUCCUUGCCGGCGAGCGCCUCCAUUCAGCCGGUGUGGGACUACCCCUCCCACGGCUCCCAGAUCACCGUCCCCUCCUCCUCGGGCUUCGCCCACUCCCAUAGACCGGUCGACCGCCGGGGGGGCGGGGACGACUCGUAUGUGACCACCGCCGCCGCGGCCGAGUCCGCCACCGGGUACCACAUGCGGGCCGAGAUGGCGCCGAGUUUUGACAAGAAUCCCCAUCUGCAGCAGCAGCAGCAGCAGCAGCAGGCGGGCCACCUGCUUGCUGGCGGCAAUAAUGGCGGCUUGGAGGCAGUGGCCGAGGCGGCCACGGCCCUCGACCAGUACAUUUCCCCGCAUCAACAUGUCCUCCACAUGAUUGGAGGUGCUGUGGCUGUGCACCAACACCAACACCAGCAGCAGCAGCAGCACGUCGCCCACCACCAACAGCCUCCACUAAUGCACGCUGUCCACUCGGUGGAAGGCGGCGGCGAAACGCACCAGCCGCAGCAGCUCCACGCCGGCCACAGCCACCCGGUCGGUGUGCAUCUGCUCCACCACCACUCUCAGCGGCAGCAGCAGCAGCAGCAGCAGCAGCAGCAGCCCUCGCCGCACGCCGGGGGUGGAUACUACGCCGAGGCGGAGACCGUGUCUGGGACCAAUUUUCCCGAAACCAUGUAA